GCUGAUAUUAGAACCAAAUUUUGAGAAACUACUAAAUACCAAAUAUGGAAACUAUUCUAAUACCGACAAUACAUUGUCCCUCCUGCGUAGAAAGAAUUACGUCAGUCUUGAGUGACGAGCUAGGGGGUAGAACAUCUGAGAUAUCCGUCAAUCUCCUCAACAAACAGGUUACUUUCCACACUGAUAGCAAAUCGGCACGCAGAGAUGCGUUGAAUACGCUAGAAGAGAUCGGAUAUCAAGUGGAGAAUGAGAAGGAUUAUACUAGCACCUUUCGGAAAUUAAGACGGCCAAAAGGGAAGGGGAAGGCCCGAGAUGACGAUCUUCUCAUUCAGCAACGACACUUAGACUCCUGCCAAGAGUGCAGAGAAAAAGAAGAAAAUGGCAGUAAACCUGAAGACAUUUUUUAUAUCACCAAGUUAUCAAUCAGUGGUAUGACGUGCAGCAGUUGCACACAGACGCUCUCAUCGACUCUCAAAGCCCUUGAUGGCAUAGACACCGAUUCCGUACGUGUUAAUCUCAUGGCAGCUGAAGCAGAAUUCGUUCAUCAGCACACACUCUCAUUUGAUGAAAUAAUUGAUGAGAUUCAAACUGUGGGAUACGAUAGCGAAAUCAUCUCAAGUGCACCCAUCAAUCAGCAUGAUGACGAUGUCACUGUCACAACCAAGUUUGAUAUAGAGGGUAUGACAUGUUCGAGCUGCUCCAAGUCGAUCACUUCGGCACUCAAAAUGGUGAAGGGCAUCGUCAGCGUCGAUGUGUCAGUCACAAAUGCUAGGGCUAUCGUGGAACAUACUAGAGAUGUCACUGUAGAGCAUCUUGUCGACACCAUAGAGGAAAUUGGUUUUGAGGCGACUGUUGUAUCGACAAAGAGCAAAGAUGUUGAGAAAAGUAACGAACGUAGUGUUGAAAUAGAAGUGGAAGGUAUGUUCUGCAGUCAUUGUCCGGCUCAUUUACUCGAAACUUUAAAUAAAUUACCUUUACUAAGCUAUUCAAAUGAUAUAUCAUUGGAUAACCCAUUCGCGACUAUCACUUACAUUCCUAAUCCAUCAUCACUGACUAUAAGGAGUCUUUUGGGGGAUAUUUCAAGUGCACAUCCACGAUUUUCUCUCAAGAUUGUUGAGCAAACUGCCAGCACUUCCCGAGCAACAGCUAUACAUCUUUCUGAAGCCAAAGUAUGGUUGCUCAGAGUUUCAGUAUCUGCUCUAUUCAGUAUUGCAGCACUAAUCGUGAAUGUUAUUGGAAUGGAGAUUCUCGAUGAAGAUCAUCCAAUUAGGAGAGAACUCGAAAGACCUAUCUGGGGACAAGCUACUGUUGGUAUGAUAGUUAUGUUCGCAAUUUCCACACCAAUGUAUUUCAUUGUUGGAUGGAAUUUCCAUAAAAAAUCGUUCCUCUCUUUGAAAGCAUCUUCGUUGGCUAUCAAGAAGAGUAAGAAAUUUCCUUGGAAAGCUCUAAUUACAUGGGGAUCAAUGGAUUUGUUGGUUACUCUUGGUACCACUGUUGCUUAUGUGGCCAGUAUAGCUAUGCUUAUCAUUGACGUACGGCUUGAUUCCCCUGAUGGACGUAUGAUGGGAUAUUUUGAAAUGCCUAUUUUCUUGAUAUUCUUCAUCGGGAUCGGCAGAAUGCUUGAAAGCUGGAUGAAAGCCAAGACGGGAGAUGCUAUCGCGACAUUAGGUAAACUCAAACCACAGAAGGCAUUGUUGGUGAAUGCCAAUACUUUCGAAAGACAACAUGAAGAACUCGAGUUGGUGAAAUCCCAUGAAACUAAAGCAAGCAGUGAUGUCAAUUCUAAAGGCAGUUUUGAUUUUAAUGUAGCGAGACUAUCGCAUGGUGAUGGUCCCUCAGAGGGUAGCAGCGGAAAUGUUCAAGAAAUACCACUCUCGCUAGUCGAGAUUGGUGAUACACUGCUCGUACAACCAGGUGAAGCUGUACCCAUUGAUGGUGUGUUGCUAGGAGAGGGCAGCUUUCCGUUCGAUAUGUCAAGCGUCACGGGUGAAUCACUACCCAUCACACUUCAUGAAGGUGACGAAUUGCUUACUGGUACAACGACUAUGAAAGCUGUCUAUAUGAAAGUUACAAGUACUGCUUCUGAAACUCUGAUUGAUAGAAUCAUUAGAGUUGUCAGUGAAGCACAAUCUAAGAAAGCCCCAAUCGAGAAAAUUGCCGAUGCAGUGACAGGUGUUUUCGUACCAGUCAUUGUAUUUAUUGCAAUAAUUACACUCAUCGUAUGGCUUGUUGUAGCUGCAAACGCUAACGAGCUUGGUGGAAAGACAGAUAGAGGUGGAAAGAUGUUCUUUGCGUUACAAUUUGCUAUCAGUAGUCUUGUCAUAGCAUGUCCAUGUGGGUUCGGUCUGGCCGUCCCAACUGCAAUCGCCGUUGCUAGUGGUAUAGCAGCAAAGUUAGGAGUAUUGGUACAGUCUGGCAGUGAAUCAUUCGAGCUCGCUAAUAAAGUGGAAGUGGUUGUUUUCGACAAGACAGGUACUUUAACCAAAGGAGAAUUGGCACUUGUCGGUGAACGUAAAUUGAACAACGAGACUAGUAACACACCGGAUGGUAUAUUGUGGGAUCUGGUUGUCAAAACAGAAGAACAGUCAUCACAUCCAAUCGCUAAAGCGGUCAAAACUUAUGCAUCAUUAAAGCAGCGGUCGAAUUCUCCUGAAUUGACUUCAACGGAGGAAGUAAGCGGAAGGGGUGUUAGAGCAACAUUCAACUAUGGUGAUAAGGAAUUAGAAAUGCGCAUAGGUAAUGCAAAAUUCGCUGGUGUUCGUUCAACGGAGGCGGUUGAUGAAUGGAAAAAGCAAGGCAACUCAAUUGUGUACAUAGCUACUAAAGAUGUAAGAAGUAGUGAUGAUGACCUCGUCACAAUCUUUGCAUUAGCUAUCGCGGACUCACCACGAGACGAAUCAGCAUUUGUAGUCGAAUAUCUUCGCUCAUCGGGAAAGAAUGUCUUCAUGUUGAGCGGCGACGAGGAAAUAACUGCCAAGUCGAUAGCUAAACAGGUCGGUAUUGAUGAAGGGAAUGUCAUAGCUGGUGUCAUGCCUGAUGAGAAAGUGAAGCACAUAGAGCGCUUAAGAAGAGAAGCCGCUAAUAAGGGAGUAUCAUCAUCUAUGUACAAUCGCAUGAAAACCUGGAUGCGUAUUAAGGAGAAUAAGCAAGCGACGCCUCUCGUAAUGUUCAUCGGUGAUGGUCUGAAUGAUGCAGGGGCUAUUGUAGCUUCAGACGUUGGAUGUGCACAAGGCUCUGGUAGCCAAGUUACAUUAUCAUCAGCACAUUUCAUCCUCCUCAACUCAUCGCUGAGGUCGCUUAUCAAUAUCUUCCGAUUGAGCAAGCUGGUUAAGAUAAGGAUAGCAAUCAACUUCGUUUGGGCGUGUAUAUUCAAUAUCGUUCUCAUACCAAUCGCUGCCGGAGUUUUCUACCCAGUGGGUGUAAAACUUCCGCCGGUUUAUAGUGCCCUCGCAAUGGCGUUAUCUAGUGUCAGUGUCGUCAUAUCUAGUUUGUUGUUGCGUUUACAUAAAUUCUCUAAUUGAUUUUGUAAUAUUCAUCCGGGAUACAUUAUUAAUACAUUUAUUUCAACGCGAAUAAGAGCAAUAUUGACAUUUGACAGCUUGCAAUGAGUAAUAUGGUAACUAAUAUGGCAGAUACUGCCUUAAAGCUCGUCGGCUGUCUCCCUGGUUGUGCAGUCCUUUGUAGUCCUUUUUCUGCUACAUCUCCUACAUUCGAAUCGAGCGGACGCUUGAUGUCACCGGAGUGGAUAUCAUAAGACGCGAUAAUUUGGGUUGUUUCUGGUGCCUUAGGUUUUAUUAUUUGGUGUAUUGGUUGUUUAUUGUUUAUAUGCUCUGCUGUUCUGCUGUGAUACCAGUUUAGAUACACC